AUGAUCGACAAUGAAGACUUUGAGCUUUUGCAAAUCCGUUACGAGGAAGCCGCCAUCUUCCUCACCGAGGGCGACAACAACAUCAAGUUUGAAUUUCAUCCCAAAAACCUCCUCCAGCUCCGUGCCUACAACCGCGUGCACCAUUGGGGCUACAACGCCCUCGACCUUAUCGCAGGCCUCGCCAUCCUGGGUCUCGCCAUGUUUGAACGGCCCUCCCUGAGCCACCCCUUUGGUAUCCUUCAGCUUGUACCUCACGAAAUCAUCGAGCUGUUCUGCCUCAUUGCCCUUGCCAUUCGCAUCAUUCUCAUGUGUGACUGGCUGGGCUGGCGCAACGCGCUCAAGCAACCUCGCACCCUUAUUCGCACGCUUAUUCUCGUCGGCCUAUUCGCCGAGAGUCUUGUUGUCCUCUUUCGAAACAAGGAUCAUUUUCGUGUGCUUCGCCUCCUCCGACCGUACUUUCUGAUUGACAACCCAUGGAUGGCCAACGUGCGCCGGGUCUCCCGGCAGAUCGUGCAAUCCAUGCCCCCCAUCAUCGACAUGCUCUUUCUCUUGCUUUUCUUCAUGAGCAUGAUGGCCAUCAUGGGAUAUUAUCUCUUCUCCAGCAACGAUCAGGACGAUGGCUUCUCCACCCUCUCUGCUGCUUUUGUCUCGCUCUUUAUCCUUGUCACAACGGCCAACUAUCCCGACGUUCAAAUGCCCGCCCUGUCCUCGAAUCGCUGGUAUUUCGUCUUCUUCCUCGUGUACCUCAUCAUUGGACUCUACUGUCUCCUCAACAUUCUCCUCGCCGUCGUCUAUGACGAAUUCCGCUCGCAAGAACGCAUCAAGUUCCAAAAACUCUAUUUGCACCGUCGUGCUGCCAUUCGCCACGCUUACCGCCUCCUCAAGGAUGAUCGCUACGGGGGUAUACCCCUCGAUAGCUUCCGAGGCUUGAUGAAGCACCGCAAGCGCCGCUUUACCCCGUUGCAAGUCAAGCUCAUGUUCCUGGCCCUUAACCAGAGCGAGAGUGGUGCCAUCAACCUUCGGGAGCUAUACAACUUUUAUAUGUACGAGACCUUGGUCUGGAAGCAGAUCAAGAACGAUGACGAGCAUCAUGGUCGCUACAACCCAAUGACCUUUCGCCAGAUUCGCAGUCGUAUCCGUGAUGCAGUUCAGCAUCCCAUCUUCAACUAUGGCAUGGGCUUUAUCAUCCUCCUGAACACGUGCUUGGUCUUCUAUUACGCCGGCAUUGUCUCCGCAGAAGAUGCGCGGCAAUCCAGGUACCCCGAAACACAGACUAUUGAUACCAUCUUCUUGGUCGUCUUCUGGCUGGAAAUUGUCAUCAAGUUUGUCGGCUUGGGGCCCUGGGAUUACCUCCGUGAUAACUGGAACCGGCUCGACCUUUUGGUGACUACCUUGAGCACCAUUGGAUUGCUCUUGCCCAAUUCAACCAACAUCUUCCUCUCGCUGCGUCAAAUUCGUAUGCUGCGCCUUUUCAAGGUCAAAAGGCGUUUUCGCGAAGUUCUUGGCACCGUCUUCUCCCUUGUCCCCAUGCUUUCAAGCUAUAUUGUAGUCUUGGUUUUGGUUUACUAUUCGUUUGCCAUCAUGGGCAUUGCUCUGUUUGCCGGACGCGGUUGUUGUGGUGACUACUACUCCAAUGCCACCGCGGUGGACCGCUACUACCUGAACAACUUUGAUGAUAUCUUCAACGCCUACGUGACUCUAUUUGAGCUGAUGAUUGUCAAUAAUUGGUUUGUGAUCAUGAACGGCUUUGUAGCAGUGACCAACACGUGGGCCCAUGCAUACUUUAUGCUCUUCUACAUACUCACGAACGUGGUGUUGAAUGUGGUGGUGGCGUUUAUUCUCGAAUCAUUUGCCUCUCAAACAAAUUUUCAACGUUCUCUUGAAGAUGGCACGGCAGAGGGUUGGUUGCUCGUUGAAGUGCAUUCAAAUUAUGUUGUCUGUUUGUCUGUUUGCCUGUUUGUCUGUUUGUCUGUGUCCACGGGAGCCUCAUAA